UGAAAUUUUAAAGGUUGCAAGCUUAAAAAGAAGUAAGAAAGAAGCGACUGUUUUCGAUGAAGAUUUAAAGUACAUUCUCAGAGGAGUUGUGGCGUUUGUGGAUGUGCGUACCUCCAAUGCGCAAACAAAUAACGCAGUUAAAACAAAACUUCAACAGCUGGGAGCAGAAAUUUCUAGUCGGUUUACUUCCAGGGUAACACACUUGAUCUUCAAAGAGGGAUCGAAAGUUAACUACGAAAAAGCGGAAAGGAAUCAUGUUCAAAUUGUUACCGUUCUGUGGGUAGAGAGUUGCGCUAACGAACGGGUUCGGGUUAGUGAGGCCGACUUUGGCGUUACAGAGACGCCCUCCGUUUCAGAUCCGAAGAGACGAAGAUCUAUGGGGCACAAGGAAUCUCCCUGUGGCUACGGAAAGAAUGCUGCAGAUAAUCCGCUACGUGUCGAGAGUGUGGAAGAGCCAUUGGCGCUGAACUCGACUGCCCGACUAGCAGUGCCCCACUCGUCCACUUGCGAAAAUUCCUCUUAUCCGGCGGCUGAGCGAGUAUGCGCAGCGAGACAUAUCGUUGGAACAAGUCUCGAUGGCAGUGCGAGGGAUAUCUUGAUCCAAACAGCUCAGCACUUGGAAGACUCCGUUUAUGAGGAGAAGUUCUCUGAACGCACAACUCACGUUGUUUGCGGAGCGCCGCGGCGAACUAUUAAUGUCCUGUACGCGAUAGCUAACGGUUGUUGGCUUAUUUCUACGGAGUGGGUCCUCCAGUCACUUUCCGCCGGUGGUUGGCUGGACGAAGAGAAUUAUGAGUUGGUUGAGAAGUUUCCUGGCGCCAAGGUGGCCCGCCUUGAGAGAAAGCUGUUUUACGAAGAGCACGGUUCCAGAGGAAAAUACGUUCCCACCAUCUUCAAGGGUUAUGUGAUCUAUGUCGACUCCAAUACUAGUCCUCCCAAGCAGAUUUUAAGUACUUUGAUUCAUGCUGGUGGUGGAGAGACUACGGAGAUUCCAAGUGACGCAAACUUGUUUGUAGCGAACCAUUCUUUUGAUAAUAAUAAACCGACGGUGACGGUGUACUGGAUUUUGGACUCCGUGGAAGCGCAUAUUGCCCUUGAAAUGGACGACGAAUAUCUUGCAUCGCAAAAGUACAAUACUUGCGGAAGUCCCGAAAUAUAAAUUAUU